GGCAGAGCCUGGCCUACUCUGGCUUAUGCCUGGACUCCUGUUGAACAUGUCCUGUGUGACAACUUUUGGUAAUACCAGAACCAGUGAUGGGGAGCAUCUUCUCAUUCUUAUCUGACCCCAAACUUCAGGAAGGCACAGACAAGGCCACAGAAACAGAGUGGAACUGCCCCAUCUGCCGUGAUACUCGAGAUGACCUCGCUUAUGUAAUGCCCUGUCUCCACCAGUUCUGCCUGGGCUGCAUUAUGCGUUGGGCAGAGAUGCAAAUAGUGUGCCCACUCUGCAGAGAACUGAUAGAGUCUGUCAGAUUUUCUGUGCAGACAGAUAGCUAUAUAGACUGUGUCUUCACAGCCCCUGAAGAUGCCAGCAGCUGGGCAGGAAUAACUCUUGGACAGCUGGUUAGAAACAACCCCUAUCACUUUGCAGCAUCUCCUUCACGUUCUCCACGGGGGAUAUUGCCAGCAGCUGAGCCAGGGGGUGCAGGAACAGAGCCUGUGGGUGGCCUCCUGCCUAGGGUGUGGGCAGAACUUUUCCGAAGAGACGAGCAUCUCCUUGAUCCUGUGGUGCCCUGGCUGCGGCAGGAGCUGGAAGCAAUAUAUGGGACCAGGUGGUGGAUGGCGAGGAUUGCAGAGAGCAUCAUCCUGCAUGCUGUGUCCAUCUGUGGUCCAGUUGCAAAUGUCUUGGUCCAGGUGCUGCAGGACUUCCUCGAGGAACAUACAGAACCUCUAAUCCAUGGCACCAUCAGCAUCAUUGUUGACCAGUGCAGUGAGGAGGCUCACAGGUUGCUGCACUCCCCUGCUGUCCCAGAGGAGGACGGCAGCUCUGUGGCCACCGUCAGCAGCACUCAACGCGGUACUCCCGCCCCCCACUCAACCCCUGCCAGAAGCUCUACACGCUCCAGCACAAUGCAAACUGCCCUCGACAGCCCCCACUCGCCUGCUCCCGCCCCUGCAAACCAGGAAGAGCUGCAGGAAGAGGUGGUGGCAGAGGAGGAGGAGCCUCCUGGCAGCAGCCCUGUAGGCUCCAACGUAGAGGACCGACUCAGCACAUCGGAAGCUGUGCUCCACAGCCCGCACCCGCCUGAUCCCGUUCCUGCAGAGCAGGAGGAGCUGGAGCAGGCAGCAGCGGCAGGUCCCUCUACCCAAGGCGGCAGCCGCAGCCCCAGCCGGGGCCGGGACCGGGACCCUUUCCGCAGGAGGCCUCGGCGUGCCCCAAGGAGGAGAGCUGCCAGUUUCCCAGACUCUCCCCAGCCCUGCAAGAGGCCACCCCAUCCGCAGAACUAG